AUCAUUACUAAAAUGUAUUAUUAUAUUUGUAUUGUAAUAUAUUGAAGCGGGAGGAGUUGUCACUUUCUGUUUGUUGUAAUCUUUAAAAUUUCGCAAUUCGUGUUUCAUGUUUAACCACUUAUCCAAUCUAAAAAUGUUAGUCGUCUGUUGUAAGUCACCCCCCACAUCACAAAACUGUCGGAUAACAGGUCCACAAAAUUAGGCAAUAACUAAUAUAGUAAUGCAUGUCUGUUAGGCAUUCAUGUUUAACCACUUAUUGUUAAAAUGUUUUUUAUUUGUUUUGAAUCAACUCAAUUGUUUUAUUCACAGAUGUGUUUAUGUAGAUUUGUGUUGUGACGAUUCUCUUUUAUGAAACUUGAACAGAGGAAAAGAGACAUGAAGUUCAUCGCUGCAUACUUGUUAGCUGUGCUGGGAGGCAAAGCCAGCCCUUCCGCCCGUGACAUCAAGAAAAUCCUUUCCGCAAUCUACAUUACAGAUAUUUCUACAUAUGCCGCAAUCUACAUUACAGAUAUUUCUACAUAUGCUGCAUCUGUUUCAUGAUCUGUUGGGUGCUGAGGCUGAUGACAGUAAGCUUGAGUUGCUCUUGUCUCAAGUUGAGGGGAAAGAUAUCACAGAGUUGAUUGCAGCUGGAAGGGAGAAAUUAGCUUCCGUACCAAGCGGUGGUGGUGGUGGUGCUGCUGUGGCAGCUGUUGCUGCUGCACCUUCCAGUGGUGGUGGGGCUGCCCCAGCUGCUGAAGAGAAGAAAAAGGAAGAGAAGGAAGAAGAAUCCGACGAUGAUAUUGGCUUUGAUCUUUUUGGAGGAGAUGAUUAGAGUUGUUUUACUUCUAUAUGUUUGUUUGGAUAAUACUAUUAAGUUUUAGCAUCCUUUCCUGUUUUUUACUCUACAAUGAAGACUCCCGAAUCUUUUUCGGCCUAUUGUAUUGUUACAAUAGCUGAAUCAUGAACCUAACAUCUCUCAUUCCCCUCUC